AUGGCUGCUGAAACAGUCGACGUUUCUCAAUCUGUCAUUCACGUUAACAUGAGCAACAUCACAAAGCUCAUCUCCACCAAUUACCUGACCUGGAAAGUUCAGGUACACUCACUGCUUGACGGAUAUGAUCUUGCAGGCUUUCUCGAUGGUUCCACCUCAGCCCCUUCCCAAACCACCACGACUGCGGAUCAAGUUACACCGAAUCCUUCCUACGCCACCUGGCGCCACCAGGACAAACUCAUUUACAGUGGUUUGCUCGGUACUCUCUGUUCCUCUAUUCAACCAUUGGUGUCCUCCGCCACUUCUUCCCACGCCAUGUGGAAGACGAUUGCCGCUACCUAUGCUAGUCCAAGCUGGGGGCAUAUCCAACAACUUAGGAUCCAACUGAAGCAAGCCACCAAAGGAAAACUCGAGUACAUCCUUGAAGGCUUACCCAAAGAUUACAAAUCUGUAGUAGAUAAAAUUGAAGGACGUGAAACUCCUCCUUCCAUCCCUGAGAUUGUGGAGAAACUUCUCAACAGGGAAGCCAAACUGCUGGCUGCCUCCUACUCUGCUUCCCGCCCUGUUCCAAUCUCCGCUAAUGUUUCCUCCUCCGGUCACCGACCCUAUCAAGGCAAGCACCACUCUCGUCAGCAGCAACACUGGAACAACAACAACAACACUCAAUAUUCCUCCUCUCGUCAGGAUCAUCGUGGCAACAAAGGAUAUCAAGGUAAGUGCCAGUUGUGUGGUGUUUUGGGUCACAGUGCAAAACGAUGUCCACAACUCCACACAAACCAGUAUGGCUCCUCCAACGGCGUGCUCCCUUCCCCGUUUCGUCCAUGGCAGCCAUGCGCAAAUUUGGCCCUUGCUCCUUCUCAUCCGUCCGACCCUUGGAUCAUGGAUAGGGGUGCCACUCAUCAUAUGACAAGUGAUCUCCACAACAUGUCUCUUCAUCAUCCGUAUCAAGGUGGUGAUAAUGUCACUGUUGGUGACGGUUCAUCCCUCUCUAUCAGUCACACUGGUGAAGGAUCUGAGGUCGGGGAUCCUGUUGCUGCAAGGCAAGGCUAG